AUGUCCUAUAACAACACCGCGUCUUGUUUCAAUGGCAAAAAAGGACAAAUUAAAAAUGGUCCUGGUGAGCAGCCAUCUAGCAAUAUCCUGGCAGAUACCGGGCCUCAGCUUGAAGCACUGAUGACAGUUAUCCCGGCGGAUGAAUUUCCAGAUGGUGGUCUCGAAGCGUGGUCUGUCGUCCUCGGUGCUUGGUGUAGCAAUUUCGUCUCCUUUGGUUGGGUUGCCUGCAUGGGCGUUUUCCAAGCCUAUUACCAGACACACAAACUACACCACCGCUCCCCUAGUUCUAUCGCCUGGAUUCUGUCGACUGAGUCCUUUGCAUUAUUUGCUUGCGCCCCAGUGUUUGGACAUAUAUUUGACAACUAUGGCGCGAGAGCCUUGUUGGUUGGGGGAGCGGCCUUCCAUGUGUUCGGGUUGAUGAUGGUUUCUCUCUCGAAGGAGUACUAUCAAAUCCUCCUCGCACAAGGGGUUUGCAGCGCUGUCGGCGCCAGUGCAGUAUACUGGGCUUGUAGCAAUGCGGUGGGGACUGGGUGGCUUCGUCGGAGAGGAUUGGCAAUGGGAAUUGCAUCGUCAGGGAGUUCAGUGGGCGGGAUUGUAGGGACGGCCGCAAUCCCAGCCCUUUUCGAUAAGAUUGGUUUCGCGUGGACGAUGCGAGCGGCUGCAUUCGUGUACCUAUUCCUCCUCUCCAUAUCAAUCACGACCGUUAAGUCGAGACUUGCACACAAGUCGGUGAAAUUUCAGGCGUUGGACCUUGUGCGUCCUCUAAAGGAGAAGCCUGUUCUCCUAGUUGCAGUGGGAUGUUUCUUCUUCUUCCUUGGUGUUCUCUUGCCAGACAACUUCAUACCAAUCGAAGCAAUGGAUGCCGGCAUGUCUUCAUCGCGGGCAAAUAGCCUACUCGUAAUAUUUUGCGCAGCAACUACCAUAGGUCGCAUCGUGCCGGGAUGGGCAGGCGACCGGUUUGGGAUUUUCAACGUCACCAUCGCUUUUACUUAUCUGUCUACGCUCCUAGUUUUCGUGCUCUGGAUUCCUGCCAAAAGUGACCCCAGUCGGAUGGCAUUCGCAGGCCUCUAUGGCUUUUCAUCUGCGCUCGUAUCCGCGAUCCCUACAUUGGCUGCGCAGGUCUGUUCUAAUAUCGAUAAGCUAGGUGCAUAUAUGGGCGCAAUAUAUAUCGUGCUAUCUCCUGCAAUCCUGAUGGGCCAGCCGAUUGUUGGGGCGUUGCUUGGCGCUUCUGGGAGUGGAAAUUAUUUAUAUCUGAAGAUAUUCGCUGGACUUAUGAUGUUUAUCGGCGGGGGCGUAUUUAUUUUUGCUAGGUUCGCGUUCGAUGGUGGGGAGAAAGGGAUCUGGAUAUAA